UGGGCGGUCCCGCCCGAGGGGUGCCUGUGAUGCGGGGGGGAGCCCCGCGGAGCGCCUGAGCCGAGCAGGGCUCCCGCCCGUCGGGGCUGAGCAGGGGGCGGAGGCGGGCUGCCGAGCUGCUGCCGUCACGCGCGCCUUUUCCCUCAGCCCUUCGCCGAGCAGCAGCGGCGGCCCCAGCCCGGCUCCCACGCCCUCCCCAGCCGGGUGGCGGGCGGCAGCGCCAUGCAGCCUCCACCUCCUCCUCCUCCUCGCUGGCGCUGAGUCCAUGCCAUGCUGCUGCCGCCGCUCCUGCCGGCGCUGCUGGCCGCCUGCCUGCCCCCCUGCCAGGGCUGGAGCCCCGCCGCGGCCGGCGGGGGGCAGGAGGAGCCGGAGCUCUUGCUGCCCCCCAUCAACUCCUCCUCGCGCUCCCUGGCCAGCCUGGAGCGGGAGCUGCGUGGGGUGGGCGGGCAGGCUGAGGCGGGCAGCCCCAGCCGGGAGCCGCCUCCCGCCGCAGCCGCCGCCGGCCAGCAGCCGCCCCAGCCCCCCGAGGAGGCGCCCUGCAACAUCAGCGUGCAGCGGCAGAUGCUGAGCUCGCUGCUGGUGCGCUGGAGCCGCCCGCUGGGCAUCCCGUGCGACCUGCUGCUCUUCUCCACCAACGGCCACGGGCGGGCCGCCUUCUCCGCCGCCUUCCACCGCGUGGGGCCGCCGCUGGUCAUCGAGCACCUGGGGCUGGCGGCGGCGGGAGCCCAGCAGGACCUGCGCCUCUGCGUGGGCUGCAGCUGGGUGCGGGGGCGCAGGGUCGGGCGGCUCCGGGCGGCGGCCGCCGCCUCCUCCUCCUCGCUGUCCGAGCCCGGCCAGUACUGGCUGCAGGGGGAGCCGCUGAAUUUCUGCUGCCUGGAUUUCAGCCUGGAGGAGCUGAAGGGGGAGCCGGGCUGGCGGCUGAACCGCAAGCCCAUCGAGUCCACCCUGGUGGCUUGUUUCAUGACUCUCGUCAUCAUCGUGUGGAGCGUGGCCGCCCUCAUCUGGCCGGUGCCCAUCAUCGCCGGCUUCCUGCCCAACGGCAUGGAGCAGAGGAGAAGCACCGCGGUGGCUGCGGGCGCCACCGCCGCCGCCGGCAAAUAACCCCCCUCCCACCUCCUCCGUUUGCUGCGCGAUCCGCUCCCGCGGGGCUCCCGACACUGGGGCGGACGCUGGUGGAAUCGCAUCCCCUCCCCGCGCGCUCUUUGUAAACGCUUAACCCUGGGUGGUGGUGAUUGUCUUUGUUGUGGUGUGUGUGUGUGUGUGUGUGGAGCACUUUAAAGCCUGGCCCAAGUUUCUUGGUGUCCAGUGCAGGCGAGUGUGACGGUCUGGGACCUGACGGUUUCUCUGCAAUGAAUCCUUCGCGGAGCAUUGCUCCCUCCCAAGUAGUCAGAGGGAUUGUAUUUUAUUUUCAUGUGCCCAAGAUUCAUAGCAGAAAACGACCAAAUCCUGUGUAUUUGUUUUCUAUAUUUAAUAGCCGUUUUAAAUGGACGUUUUAGUAAAAAAACAAACAAACAAACAAAAAAAAACCCUGUUCAAUUGCAGUUGUUUUAGUCAGAGUAGCUAUUUGUAUAUGAACAAAUUUGUCUUAGCAGUUUUAUUUACAUCAGAAGAAUCUUUUCUGGCAGGAUUUAAAACUGAUAUAUUGUUAUUGCUGAAACUGAACUUUAAUGAAACUUUUACAGUGUAUUUCCCAUUUCAGAUAAUGUGUAUUUAAUAUUGUAGUUCUGCGUUACUUGGCUUUUAAUACAGAGAUUUUCUUUCUGGAAGUCAUGCUUAGCCUGCUGUUGCUCUGUUUCUCCCAUGAUGGGAAAGAAGGGUUCUGCAAAAUUCCCAGUUCUCCUAGCUGAUCAUGAAGACCAUCAAUAGAAAUGAGGGUAUGUUACAUGUAUUAUUAGAGGAAGUUAAUUGAUGGUCACCCAAAAGCUUUUUGUACACAGUGUUUGCCCUUCUUUCAGAAUACAAAUAAUGGGAUCCUGCUUCCAUUGGAAUUAAUCUUCAAAACUUCCACUCACUUCAGGAUAAGAAUCACGGGUCUAGAUCCUUAAGUGGAGUUCAUCAGCAUAGUUCCAUUAACUUGUAUGGAGCUGUGCCCAUUUACGCGUUCCUUGGGGUCUGUUGACUUCAACAGAGCUAGACAAGUACAUACCAUCCGAGGAUCUGGACCACUAUUUGUACUGUAUUCAAAACAGCUGGAAAACAACUCUCUGUGACUCCGACAAAGUGCAUGGCUCAAAGCAAGCUCAAAUACACUUACAGAAGGAAUUGUAAUAUAGUACUUCUUUAUGACUAUUAGUCUUAAAGGGGUACGGUCAGGUUGUUUAGACUCCAAAUUUAGGGGUUGGGUAGGGAAGGAAUUAUAAACCUAGAAUCAGAUUUUGACUGGCCCUCUGUGUAAAGGGAGAGAGAGGCUGUAAAAAACCUUCUUUCUUGUGUCCCCUACACAGGGGCCAGCCGCAACUGAUGUCUCUGAAAUUUCACAUGCCUGAAAAGCUCAGUGUAAAUUAAGGAAUGAUUUUGUUUGAACUUUUUAGUGCUAUAAGGGACCAUAUCCUGUUUGCCUUACCCAAAUGAAUCGUCCAGCUGAAGUCAGUGAGACCAGUUGUGGGAAUAAAGAGAACAAGGCUUGUGAUAAGAUUUCUAACUUUUUUGCCAGUGUCAGCAUCUUUGAUUUCUAGGCACAUCUGAGCUUACUCUAAUGGCUAAUUUAACACGACAUGAGCAUUUUUGUUUAAUUCUUCUAGGGUUUAUGUAGAUGAGAUAAGGCAACUCAUAUUGGCAUGAAAAGUUUGAAUGGGUUAAAUCCUGUUAGAAUUCUGUUUUUGUAUUUAUUUUACUAUUUUUAAACAAGUAAAGGACAACAUUAAUAAAAUAAAUAUAUGCAAUAUUUUAUACCAUAUGAAAUUUGAUGAAAGAGACUGCAGAGGUAAAGUGCUGAGCAUUCUGGAUGAAAUAGAUAACAAAUAAAAUCUUAUAUUUUAGGGGUUUAUCCUGCAGCUCUUACUCAGAUAAUAGGUCCAUUGAGGUCAAUGGAACCUUAUUUUAACAAAUAUAGGCUCCAUUCACCAUGAAAAAUGUUCAUGUUACUUAUUGAUCUGUGGCCUUUUCUCCUGUGUAGUUAGUUUACUGAAUCCUACCUUUCUGUUCUUGAUGUGAGAAAUACAUUUCCAUUUUGUACGGAUUAUUUUUUUCAGAAAUGAGAAAUGCACACACAAGUAAAUAUUUGCCUUAUGUAUCUUAGAUACCCUGGGUGACUCAAACCUCCUAAAAUAAUAACACAGGGGCCCCAGGAGAAUAUAGCAUCCAGUUACAAUUGAAGCCAUGUCAACAUCCUCCCAAAUGCGUCUAAGUGCUAUAGAGCCUGUACAUAUAUAAUAAAAUAUCUAGUGACGAUUUACAGUGCCAGCAAGGCAUUAUUGUUAACAACAGCACACACGUAGGCAGAGAGGGAUAAUAACUUUGGGUGGAACUAAUAGGUUGAUUCUGCAAAAUACUGAGCAUUCUUUUCCUGAUCCAGGAAAGUGCUUGAGCAUAUGUUUAAAUUUAUGAUCUUUAUGGGCCUAAUUCUCUUCUCACACCAGUUUCACCAGCAAAGCUCCAUAGAUUUCAUCUGAAUUUCACUAACUUAAGCAAAAGGCAAAUUGGGCCUUAUAAAAUUACCAUUUUUAACAAUUCUUCUUUUAACUGAUGCCUACAGAAACAUCAAGAAUGACUAAAAAGUUAAUACAAAAUAGAUAUACAGACUAUAUAGUUAAGGGUGAGUUCCCUAGCUCAUACCA